CCUGCCAUUUCAGUUCACCUUUUGUUGCUUAAAACAAAACAAAACUCAAAUAGUCACAACACACAAACAGUGUGAGAACUGAAAAUGGGAACUCGCAGAAGGAGAAGCGAUUCAUCUUCUUCUGACAGUGAAUAUGGCUCCAUCACCAAAACGGCGAAAACAGAACGCGACACUGUUGUCGUUUCGUCUUCUUCAUCGCAUUACGAACAAAUUAGAGAACAAAGGAUGAAAGAGAACGCUGAGAGAAUGCAAAAACUUGGAUUAUUAAACCUUUCCCUUAAGCUCAAGAAACCACCACGCGUUUUCGUCAGGAAAAUCGCGUCACCGACUAAUCAAUCCGAAAGACGUUCUUCUAGAUUAAUGACUGUACCACCUGUUAAUUAUCGUCAACAAAAUUCAUGGAGAAACGAAAAGAAGGAAGUGGAGAUUUAUAUAGCAGAAGGUACAAAGCCUGAAGUUUAUACUGAAGAGCAUGAGAAGCUUCUUGGGGAUUGCAAGACUGAUUGGGAAUUGUAUGUCGAUGGAUAUGAUGAGGAUGGGGACCGGAUAUAUGAUCCGACCAAGGGAGAGAAAUGCCACCAAUGCAGGCUCAUAACUAUUAGUCAGAUGACCAGUUGCAACAAAUGUGAAUUACCCCAAGGGAUGAUUUGUGGAGAUUGCUUGUACAUGAGAUAUGGAGAAAAUGUGACAGAAGCUGAUUGCAAUAUCAAGUGGACUUGCCCUUCUUGUCGAGAAAUUUGCAACUGCACUAUCUGCCGUAGGAAAAAUGGUUGGAUGCCAACCGGCAAUAUAUACAAUAAGGUGACUAAAUUGGGUUUCAAAUCUGUGGCUCAUUAUCUGAUUAAGACUCGUCGCCCUGGGAAAAACAUGGAAGGCUCAGAUACUGAAAAUGAUGUUGCCCAGGAAACACCAUAGACCUCUCCAGAUUCAACACUAACUAGACCAAUUCAGACUAGAAGGGCUUUUUGAAGUUAAAAAGGGUGAUCAAAUGAAUGUAAAAAUGGCUUGUGGGUGAUCCCGUGUUUUAGAUAUUUAGACAAGUUGCUAGUUUUCUUAUUUUUGUUAGAUAUGCAUACAAGCUUAGGCCAUUUGACUAAAACAGUUUGCAGCCCUAUGCCCCUUGUUUCUAUAACUUUUUGUGUGAUAGCUCUUAACUUUUAAGCAGUUUUACUGAGCAUUUUGGGCUGUUUGAUGAAAUAUGUAUAUAUUUCUUUAAGAAAUUUUAUCUAUGUUGAAUUUUUUUUAAUAGCUAAGAAGCAACUUGUUUGAUACAAACAAGGUGAAAAAGAGAGACAAUCAGACAACUAACUAAAGGCCAGGCCCUGUUUGACAUUAACUAGUAGAAGCUUUUAUGCAUAUGUAUUGAAGAUGCCAUUAAAAACAUUUAAACUUUUCCUAAGAUUCCAUUCAAGCCAAGGGACAAGGCCUAACCCAAUGGUAAGGUUGAAUGAUUGGAGACCUAAUAUCUCUAGCUUUGUUGCAUUCUCUUAUGAUGUGCAUGACGGGUUCAUGCCCUUGUUGACAACUUAGGCAUCUAUCAUCAUAAAAAUAUGCAUUUUGUACCUUUUCUCAUUAGUCAUCAAUCUACCAUGAACUGUUCUCCAAAGGAAAGGAUAGAUCUUGUUAUACCUCUCCAUACUUUGUCAAGGAAAAGAUUUUGUACCUUUUUAUGAACUAACCACGAGUAAAGAUGGUGCUACUGACUGAUAGGAUGAG